AUGGCAGCCACCCCGACCUUGGAGACUGUUCCAGAACUCCGGUAUGAGGAGAUGACUGGAGACGAACUGGCACAGCAAGUCGCCGACUUGAUGGGAAUGCCAGUUGAAGAAGUGAAGGAGAAUGGAGUGCAAUCUUCACUGGUUGCACUGCACUUGGCUGGAAAAGUGCCUGAGGAUCGCGAGGACUUGAUCCGACUGGGGACUGGCGACUCCUUUGUUCGCCCGACUGCCUUCACCAGAGUGAUUCCCGAUCCGAAUGCACGCGGAGUGCUUGCCGUGGAUGUCCCAAUGGAGGACCUGACUGGCCCUCAUCAGAUUGACUCUGCAAUGGGAAUCAG